AUGCGUCACGCAAAAAAGCUACUCUUUCUCAUGGUAGUCCUCUGUUCUUGCGCCAAAAUAAAAAAAAAAAAAGUGCCCGUCAAGGGGCUUCCCAUUAACAUAUUGGCAAAGCGUAGCAAACGAGACAAGCAAAAUGUUUACCUGUUUCUGCUGGGAACCACCCCGAAGAAGAGUCACAAUAAGAUCUUCCCAUCGGAAGAGAAGCUGAAGCAGAAAAAGAAGAUGUUAAAAAUAAAAUCACUCAAUUCUUUAUCCGAUGAGGACAAGUAUAACCUCAUCAAAGACCUAAAGAAAUACUGUGAGUGCACAAAAAGGUACAGGAGGCUCCCCACAAGGGAAGUGACCAUCGGCAACAUCAAAAUCGGAGGCAACAACAAAAUAGCCAUUCAAACCAUGACUAGCUGCGACACGAGAAAUGUGGAUGAAUGCGUUUAUCAAAUUAAAAAGUGCAAAGAAUUGGGGGCCGAUUUAAUCAGAUUGACAGUCCAAGGGGUACAAGAAGCAGAGGCGAGUUAUCGUAUUAAGGAAAAAUUGCUAGCUGAAAAUAUUACGAUUCCGCUCGUUGCAGACAUACAUUUUAAUCCUAAAAUUUCUCUGAUGGCAGCGGAUGUGUUUGAUAAAAUCCGUGUGAACCCAGGCAAUUACGUCGAUGGAAGGAAAAAAUGGAUCAACAAAGUGUACAAAACGAGGGAAGAGUUUGAUCAAGGGAGAUUAUUUAUCCAGGAGAAGUUCGUUCCCUUGAUUGAAAAGUGUAAGAGGCUGAAUAGAGCCAUACGGAUCGGGACAAAUCACGGCUCUCUAUCUUCUAGGGUGCUGUCAUACUACGGGGAUACCCCCUUAGGCAUGGUCGAAUCAGCGUUCGAAUUUUCAGAUCUCUGUGUACAGAACAACUUUUUCAAUGUGGUCUUUUCCAUGAAGGCUUCCAACGCGUAUAUAAUGAUACAGUCCUAUAGGCUACUCGUGGCUAGACAAUAUGACAGGAUGGAAAACGGAUUGCUAUUCCCCCUACACCUCGGCGUAACGGAAGCAGGGUUUGGAGAUAACGGAAGAAUAAAAUCCUACUUGGGAAUAGGUUCGCUAUUGUACGACGGGAUAGGAGACACCAUCCGAAUUUCGUUAACGGAGGACCCUUGGGAAGAAUUAACUCCAUGCAAAACGUUGAUUAAAAAUUUAAAAAAAAGAAUCUUUUUUUAUGAUGACCCUGAGGGGGGCGAAAAGGAUAGUCAGAUUUCUUCUCCCCCAGGGGAUACUUCCCCCACAUUGCUCACCUUCGAGGAGCACUUUCGAAAUUUUAACAAAAUGGAAAAGAGGAGAGUAGAAAAGAAGGAAGGCGUGCUCCAUGCAGAGUGCACCAUCGGGAACGUAGUCACUGAGAAAGAGCUGGAAGACUCACUGCAAAUUUUCAGAGACUUGAAUUUAGAGGUUGAUCAAAAUGGAAAUCUCAAAAAGGGCUUCAAAUCGACUGACAUUGUUGUUAUCCCUAAAUUGGGGGCGCUAAGCGGUAGGUCCUGGGCAACUGUGGAGAGAUUGGCAGAGGCGGGCCUACAUGUCUUGGCGGAGUACGACGAAGGGGACGUGGCCAUGCUAAGCGGGGGUACCAAUGGGAGCGAAUACACUGACCGGGUGGGCCACGUUCCCCGGAACACCCUAUUUUAUCUCGACCUGAACCGCGUAUUGAGCAUCCUGCAGCAGCACGAGGGACGAAUCCCACUGCACAGCUCCGCGAAGGGGUACGUACUAGUGGUGAAUGGGAAGGAAGACACAAAGCUGAUUGACCAAUUUUUUAACCAAAUCAGAGGGGAGAACCCACUUCCCCUAUUCUUCUUGCUCAAGUCAGACACUAUACAUGAACAUGUCCUCGCUACCAGACGCUUCAACGAAAUUGUGAAUUCUCUAAAUAUAGAUCUUCCUUAUGUGCAUUAUGCGAAUGUCAAUUCGACAAACUAUGACGACAUGCUAGUCGAUUCAACACUCUACGUCGGCACUUGCUUAAUCGAUUUAAUGGGAGAUGGGCUCAUAAUAAAUGUCACCAAUGGGUAUAUAAAACCGGACGGAGACUCUAAAGAGGGAGUUCCUUCCUCUCGAGUUGCACUAAACUCAUUUCUCACUUUGAACAUCCUACAAGAUACACGUGCUCGUUUAUUCAAAACAGAUUAUAUUGCCUGCCCCUCUUGUGGUAGAACCCUUUUUAAUAUACAAGAGACGACAAAAAGGAUUAUGCAGCUGACGGGUCAUUUGAAGGGAGUUAAAAUUGCCGUCAUGGGAUGCAUUGUCAAUGGUAUUGGUGAAAUGGCUGAUGCACAUUUUGGUUAUGUUGGAAGUGCCCCCAAAAAAAUCGACCUGUAUUAUGGGAAAGAACUCGUCGAGAGAAACAUCCCUGAGGAGGAAGCCUGCGACAAACUUGUGGAGCUCAUUAAGAAGCAUAACAUGUGGCAGGACCCGUAG